GCUGGCAGGAGUUCACCGAGGGAAACUCGCUCGGAAAGUCUGCCUGCUUCGCCCCGCUGGAACGCACUAUGGAAGUUUCUGCAUUGGGAAGGUCACGGUGAGGGGCGGUCCUCCAAGCCCCUCAGUCUCGUGGAGAGCUCUUCCUGACCUGCCGAGAUGCACCGGGGCUGGAAACUGGGCUUCCACAUCCUCUGCCUAAGCGCUGGUGGAAACUGACACUGUUGUUUUUUUGGCUCCGAAUGAAAGAGGACUCUGGCUUUGUCACAAGCUUAAGACACCUUUACUUUAUCUGUGGACAUACUGGAGCACAGCUGCAUCCAUUACAAAGGAGCUGAAGAAAGAAAGGGAGCCAGUCACCUUUCCUGCCAAGACAGCAGGUCACCCGUCCCCUUUGGCCGACAGCGCCCUGACACCAUGAAAGAUCGCCUGGAGGAGCUGAGGCAGAGAGCGAAGGCGGCCAGCGAGGAGCAGGAGAGCAGCCCGACCGGCGCGGGAGAGGACGGGGAUGACGGGGUGGACGACGUCCCCCCCACCCCGCAGGCCGUGGUCUUCGAGGAGGAGCCGGUCCUGGACAACUUCCUGUCGGAGGUGCAGCGCAUCCGGGAGGCCGUGGGCGAGCUGGAGGCCGAGGUGCGCGCCUUCAGCCAGCAGCAGAAGCACCUGGUGGCGGCCAUGCGGCGCUUCAGCGUCAUGAAGAAGGAGAGCAGCAUCACGCGCGACAUCAAGCUGCAGGCCGAGAGCAUCCACAAGCGGCUGGACGCGCUCUCCAGGCAGGUGAAGACCGCCGAGGCCCGGGAAGGCCCCGCGGCCACGGCCGUGCGGAUCCGGCGGGCCCAGCACACCGCCCUCUUCCGCCAGUUCCAGCAGGUGAUGCGCCAGUACAACGACACCCUGGUCUGCAAGCAGGACAAGUGCAAGCGGUUCAUCGUCCGGCAGCUGGAGGUGUCCGGCCGCGAGGUGUCCGAGGAGCAGGUGGACGAGAUGAUGGAGCAGGGCCAGUGGGAGGUGUUCAACGAGAACGUGCUGCACGAGGCCAAGAUCACGCGCGCCCAGCUGUCCGAGAUCGAGCACCGGCACAAGGAGCUCCUCAGCCUGGAGAGCAACAUGAAGGACCUGCGGGACCUGUUCCUGGAAAUCUACAUGAUGGUGGAGGAGCAGGGGGAGCACAUCGAGAACAUCCAGGCCAACGUGGAAAAGACGCAGGACUAUGUGACGGUCACCUGCGAGAAGUUCAAGAUGGCCGCCAGGUACAAGAAGAAGAACCCGAUCAGGAGACUGUGCUGCUGUUGCUGUCCUUGGAGAAAUACGAUGCAGUUAUGAAAAGAAAAAGUAAUAUAAUCUUCUUAUAUUCUUCUGGCACAGUAAGGCUGUGUAAGGCUUGGCGUUCAGACAACAGAAUGAGGACACUGAUAGGGUGCUUCUCCCACCACAGACUGUGGGGGUCUAGAGAUACGUCUGGCCCUGAUAAGUGACAAGGCCACGGCGUGCUCAGAAAGGGUACUACAGCUGAGGGUCAGCACGCUCUGACUGAGCUGUGCUGAAGAAGAGCAGUAGCUUCUUCACGUUAGCACGUUAACCAUCUCACGUUAGCACGUUAACUUCCUCACAUAAGCAUGUU